CUCCGUUGCUUCCGCUAGUGUCACGAUGAUGGCUGGUGGGGGAGUUAGGAUUUUAUUUCUACUGCUUGUCGCCGUCGUUGGAACUGCAGGGCGGAUCCAUCGCCUCACACUUAAGGAUGAUACAAGAUCAACAAUUUACUUGAACACGUUUGGUUUCUAUACUAAUGGAACUUUGUUAGUAAACCUCACAAGUCUUAAGUUAAGAAAAGACAUAGUCUUGGAGAAGAUUUUGAUUGGGUUCAGCAUUUCAAAAACGAAGACUGAUACGCCAUAUACAAUGGACAACUCUGAUACAUGUUUGCUGAGGAAGUACACCAAUUCUUCAGAUGAAUCCCUCACCCUCUUUAAGUUUGACUUAAAGAACAAAACAGUCUCUAUGAAGAAAUUUGGUCAACAAAGCAGGUUGUUAAUAACAGAACUGAGUGAUGGGAAGGAGCUGGAUAAUGGCGAUGCAGCAAGUGUAAAGAAAGAAAGCAAACCAGCUCAGAGCAAAGAGCCAAAAGGAGGUGCUCAGAAGGUGCCAACUUCAGGUAAAACCAGAAGAAAAAGAGGAACAGAUGAUAAAAAGAGCAAGGAACCAAUCAAAGGAAACGCGAAGCCUGUUAAAGAGCAGGCAAAACCACAAAUACAAGAAAAAGUUUUUAAACUGCUAAAAGCGAAUGAUUCCUACAACUUCAAGUUCUUUAUGAAAAUUCCAUCCCGAACUGAGGAGGGGCUUUAUACCCUUAGCUUUCACAACUGUCAUGACAUGGUUUCAGGGAAUCAGAUGGCUUCAUUCGAUAUGACUGUUGAGAUUACAGCAAGAAAUCCUCAGAACUACCUAUCUGCUGGGGAAAUGCCGUUGCCUCUGCUGUACUUGGUUAUGGCUGGGUUUUUCUUUACUGCAGCCUUGUUCUGGGUUUACCUCCUCCUGAAGCACAGGUACAACGUGUUUAAAAUCCACUGGCUGAUGGCUGCCCUGGCAUUCACCAAGUCUAUCUCCAUACUCUUCCAUGCUAUAAACUACUAUUUCAUUGCUGUCAAAGGAUCAGCAAUUGAAGGCUGGGCCGUGAUGUACUACAUUACCCAUCUGUUGAAAGGUGCCUUACUGUUCAUUACUUUGGCUCUGAUCGGCACAGGCUGGGCAUUUGUGAAGUACAUUUUGUCAGACAAAGACAAAAAGAUAUUCAUGAUUGUGAUCCCCCUCCAGGUGCUAGCAAACACAGCGUAUAUCAUCAUUGAGUCAACAGAAGAGGGAACGACUGACUACGCAUUGUGGAAGGAAGUCCUGUUCCUUGUAGAUCUUAUUUGCUGCGGGGCGAUCCUGUUUCCAGUUGUUUGGUCAAUCAGGCACUUGCAGGAGGCCUCAAGCACAGAUGGUAAAGCUGCAAUGAAUUUGGCAAAGCUGAAACUCUUCAGACACUUUUAUGUCAUGAUUGUCUGCUACAUAUAUUUCACCAGGAUCAUCGCAAUUCUUCUCAAGUUCACUGUCCCGUUUCAGUGGCAGUGGAUGUAUAAUUUUCUAGUGGAAGUGUCAACACUGGUGUUCUUUGUACUGACGGGUUUCAAGUUCCGACCAGCCUCCAACAACCCCUACCUACAGCUGCCACAAGACGAGGAGGAUGUCACAAUGGAUGAAGUGCUGACUGAGUCGGGUCUAUUGGAAAGUGUAACCAAAGUGAAGAGGACCAACAAUGGACGCGAACAGAUUCAAGAUUCCUCAGUAUGAACUCUGCCAUCUUCAGACUGGUUGUUUCCAUGUCAACGAGGCCUGAGGCCUUUUGCCUUUACCUAGAAAUUGGGAAAAAGAACUGGCACAGGAAUUUCCAGUGGGAAAUUACUGGAUCCUGUUGCAAUUCCAGUUAGGUAACUGUUGCAAAUAAAGUGGCUAAUUUGAUCUGUACAUAUGUAAUACAUACAAGAUAUAUCUUUCUAUGAUACCUGUAUUCUAGUGGGAAGUAUUUUCUUUCUAAGUCUUUAUGACCAAACUCCUGAGAAAGUGAAGGACAACAUUUUGUUCCAGUAAACUUCAUUCACUGUUUACAACUGUUUACCUUUGAUGUUUACUAUGCUUCCACAAGAAAACUCUAGUGAUUUUUUUUAAGCUGCGAGCCGUUCCACUUUCUCAGCAGCACCUUAUGUUGUGUGUAACCUGUCAUCUGCAUGACCUUGUAUUUGAAGAUGGCUAGGCCCAGUUAUUUUGUCGAUGAUUUGCAGCUGCGAUUCUUUUAUGGAAAACAUAAUGAGAACCAGUACUGCAGCAUGUAGACUUUAUUUAAUUCAAUUAUUUUGUACCUGGUACUAGGGAUAUCAAUCCAGAAACGAUAGGACCUUUUUUUUUUUGAUAGCUUAUUUUUAACAAUCUUAUUUUGAUUGUAGUGAAAUGUUACUCUUUUGGGAGAGUGAGAUUGGUGGCAGGAAUUGUUUAAAAACAUGGGACCCAAAACACUUCAACUGAGGAGAGCAAGAAGUUACUUUUGAGCCCCAGACACGGAGGUGAGGCGCUAUCUUUUUGCACAGAAGGUGAACUGUGGCCGAGCAGUAAUUCUCUCCACCAUCUCAAUGUUGCAACAGCUCUGUUGAAUUCCUGAUUUCCACAGGUUUGUAUAAAGAUGACCCAUUUUGUAAUAUUUUUCUUUGCAGUGCCUUUAGAGCAGUUCUGCAGAGAACUUCUGAUUUUACUUUCCUGUCUUAGGGACUGAGAUCUUGCAUCUGGCUGGUGUGAUAGGAAUUGAUAACUUGUAUAAAAUUUCAUGUUUAAGAAAACUGUAUGAGGGUAUAAAUAUUUGUAUGAUAUUCUCAUGAUCCCAUUAUAGAAUUUGUAUUUAAAUAAGUUUUGCUUUUAAAUUAAUGCUUAAAAUAAUGGGAUUCUUGAACUGUUCAUAGCAUUCUUUUUGUCUUGCACCCUCCCCAUUUCUUUUUGUUUCCCUGCAUUAUUUGCUCUCAUUUUUUUUGUACACCAUCUGUUGGGCUCUUGUGCAGCCUCCUCAGUCCACCUUUCUCACUUAUAGGUUUUUUGUUUCUUUAUGCCCAUCUGGCCUUUCUGGGCAUCCAUUGUUUUAUGAGUUCAGGGUGGCUGCUGACCAUAAGCACAAGUGCCUUUUCCAGCAGUAUAUCUGAAUGCUUGCAUAGGGACCAAGAAAGCUGCUUUCUCGGAGUUUAUAAGUGGCAUUUCUGCAGCUAUGCAAGUUGCUAUAAUGUUGUUGUGCAUUUACUGAGUGCAGGUUUGUCGAGACCACAUCAGAGCAAUGAUUAUUGCCAUAGUUCUCACUAGAACCCAUUUUAAUUUAUGGAGCUUCAAUCUAUUGGGUUAUCUGCUUGAUGUAUUUAUUUUCUCCAUAGAAAUAAAUUUAUGCUUUGAAAUGAUUUGAUGUUGUUGUAAUGAAAUUUUUAAUUAAAAAAGUUUGGAUA